AUGAAGGAUAAAUUGGCAGCUUUAAAGCAAUUUCGUCAUGAUCGUAAUGAAUAUCUCAACGGUGACGAAGAAGAAUACGGAUAUAUGGAUGAAUUUUUCGAGCAGGUAGAGGAAAUUCGUCAAGGGAUUGAAAAGAUUACCUACAACGUAGAGCAGGCAAAUAAGACUCAAAUAAUUAUAUUGACCGAUCCUAGAAUGGAAAAAGAGGCAGAAGGUCGAUUAAUAGAUCUAACGUCAGAAAUAAAAAGGUUCGCGAACCGUAUUAAAGCCAGACUCAAAGUAAUGGAGCAAGAUAUACAACAACAAGAAACUAUGGAUGGACUUUCAGCUGACGUUCGAAUAAAAAAAAGUCAAUGUACUGCGCUAUCUAAAAACUACAUCGACGUUAUGAGCGAAUAUAAUAUGCAACAAAUAGAAUACAAGGAAAAAUGUAAAGCGCGACUAGAAACUCAACUAAAGAUAACUCAGCAAAAAGUUAGUGAAGAAGACAUCGACGAAAUGUUGGAAAGUGGUGGUCCAGCACCCCGAAUAUUUACAUCAGGCCUCAUGAUUGACUCCGCGGAAGCAAAGAGAACUUUAUCAUUAAUUGAAUCCCGCCACAAAGAGAUAAUGAAAUUAGAGAAGAAUCUAUCGGAUCUAGCAGAGUUAUUUCAGGAUAUGGGACAACUAAUUAGCGUCCAGGGAGAAAUGAUAGAUCGAAUUGAAUAUAAUGUUGCCCAAACAACAGAUUAUGUCGAGAGAGCUAAAGAAGAUACCAAAAAAGCAACUAAGUAUCAAAGUAAAGCUCGGCGGAAAAAAGUUAUCAUUAUAGUAUGUAUUAUCAUCUUAGCUUUGGUAAUUGCGGGAGUUUUUGGCGGAAUUUUUGGAUCAAGGGGCGUUUAG